CAGUAACGCGGCGUGUGAUGCUCAGCCUCUUUUCUUUCACCAAAGCCGCCCGACGGAUCCGCUCCGUGCGCUGAGCGUCGCCGUCAAGGCCCCUCCCGUGGGCGGCGCAUCGCUAGGCCGCCGCCCGCUCCUCCUCGAAGCCCCGGCCCCCGUCGGCGCGCACUUUCCCCUGCCUGGGACGGGCGGGCGGUCACCAUGGGCAGCAAGAUGGCGGCCGCCAGUAGGGUCGUUCAGGUAGUGAAGCCACAUACACCCUUAAUUAAGUUUCCAGACAGAAGAAGUACUCCCAAACCUACAAUACAGGAGCCUCUACAGUCAAGAGUGCCUCUGCCUCAUGGUUCAGCCUCACAACUCUCUGCAGGAGGUGGGCCGGCACCAUCUACAAAUAUUUCAUUCUCCAGUAGAAUUCAAGGCACACCUGACACUUCAGAAUUAGUAAAAACGUUACCUCAAAAAUAUAGAAGGAAACCCAUGUCGGUGGAAGAGAUGGAGUAUAUCCAACGUGGAGGUCCAGAAUAACGCACAAGACUCCGGUUAGCUACUGGUGUACAACAAACUCUUAUAUUCACAACAAAGGCCUUCCUCACUCUCUGAAUGUUAUAAAAGUCUAAAAGCAAAUAGCUUUGUUAAAGGUAUUUCACGAGGGAUGAGAAGGUAAAUGCUUCUUCAGAAAGUGGCGGUGUCCUAGAACAGAAGACCAUUCUGUUUUGAGUAAUUGUGACUCCACUUUAUACAACUCUACAAUUAAAAUUUUAUUUUAUUUGUUCUACUUAGCAAUAAUGGUUUUGUUAUCUCCUUUGUAGCUGUUGUUGAUACACUAAGGAAGAACAGCAAAAUCUCGUGAUGUUUUCACUGUUCAUGUAAUGCCUGUCUGGCAUGAAGGAAAGCAAUAUUUAUUUCUUCUCUCCAACAGCAUCAAUCAUGUCCUUUGGGAGAGUUUUUUUAAAGGGUGGGGGAUGUAAGAGACAGUAUCAAGACAGAACUUGCAGGUGUUAGUGGAUGAAUUGUAUUUAUUAAACAUCAGUUACAUAUUAUUGCAAACUUAUCUGCCUGCUCUUUUGGAAAUAAAUACAGGCCUCCAUUCUUGACAAUUCCACUUGUAGGUUCUACUCUCACUCAGCCUGCUUGUCAGAUGAAAUGUAGUCCAAAUAUGCAGGAACUCGUUUUAAAAUGUAUCUCUAAGUUAUACUAAUGACUAGAGGUUUUUCUUUUGAAAUCUCAAAAGAAUAAGAAAUUAAAAUGUUUGCACCAUCUACUCAUCAAUCAAGUUUAGUAUUGAUACUAUCCUUUGGUCUCAAAAUGGAUUUUGUUCCUGUGAUCCUCAUCAGUUGUGAUGUGAAAUGAGGAUCUUCUGAAGGCUCAGGUGCCCAUUUAUUUUAAUGAAAUGAGGCAUCUAUCAGUACACAUAGUAGCAGCCAGAGAUACCCUCCCAACACCAGUGUCACUGUUGCUUAUCUAUAGUAAGGUCAGGCCUACCCAGUUAUAUGGCUGGGAGCAAUACAAUCAAUCUGACACUCCUGCUGCACCCAUGUCGUCCUGACCUUGCUCCUGCUCAUCUUUGUGCUUUAGAAAUAUAUUAUAAGUUCAAGCUACUAACAUCAGUUAGAGUUGAGGCCUGGAACUUUUUCCCCAAGUUUGCAAGGAUCACUGGAAAUGGUUUCUGAGUGGGGGGGGGGAGAGGGGCAGGGAUUGAUAAAGCUGUGUUCUUAAGUGAGAAUUCUAUAAGUGGAAAGUGUUGGAAGUAUAGGGAGAUCCAUUUAUGUAUAAAUUUCAUUGUAAAGAGGUUUCCCAUCUAUUGCAUACAGCUUCCAGACACUGAAUCUGGAACUUUUUUAAAAUGCAAAGCAUACAUGCUACCACUGAACUAUAGCACUUCUUAAAAAUAAAUGCAUGAAUGAAAUCUGCCAAGAAAGGCAAUAAACACGCCUUGCAAAUAAAAUGCUGGUCGCAUCCACAUUGUAGCAGGAUAUCUGCUUCCCUUUUGAUUCCCUGGUCAUCAUGAAAUGACAUUUCCGUUUGAACAAAAUGGGUUCUGCUCCAACCUACAUCAAAUUGUGGAAUCUUCUAAAUGUGAUGGGUUGAUUACAAAUAAAGCUGCAACUGUUAA